AUGUUUCUAUUUUCAAAAAAUGUAUGUCUNAUAGAAAAUAAUUUAAAACAUUUUGAUUUAUCUGAAAUAAAUUUAUCUGAAAUAACACCAGAUUCUCGUUGUUAUUUAAUUCAUUUUAUAUAUAAUAAUUAUAAACGUCAAUUGAAUAUAAUUUUUCCUCGAAUUGAAAAUUUAACUGAAUGUGAUUGUGCUCGAUUUAUUCUUAUAGAUAUUCAAUAUAAUAAUAAAUUAACAGAUAAUUAUAAUGAUGAUUUAUUAUGUAAAAAAAAAUGUCGUUUUAGUGAUUGUUCAAUAAUAAGUGAAUAUUUUCGUGAAAAAUAUCCAUUAUUUACAAAUAAUAAUCAAUUUAUAAAUAAUUCAAAUGAGUUAAAUAAUGAUUUACCUUCUGUUGAUUUAUAUUCUGAUUCAAUUGAUAUUGAUAUGAUGCAUUUUCUCAUUAAUCAAACAAUUGAUCAACCAAUAAAUAUAAAUCAUAGACAAUCAACAAACAUACCUUUAACAACUUUUCAACAUUCUUAUAAUGUUUUAUUUUCAACAGAAAAAAAAUAUUUUCAUUCGAUUGAUGAAAAUAAUAAAAAAUUAUCAAAAUCUAAAAAAAUCAAAUUUAUUUCUUGGAUAUCAUUUUUAAUUAGUAGUAUUAUUCUUUUACUUUUAAUUAUUAUCAUUUUUAUUAUUAUAUUUUGUCUUGUAAAAUAUAGAAAAAAAAGACAUUUCAAACCUAUUCCUAUUCCUGUUUAUGUUUAG